GCAGACGCGCUGGUUCAUGUGGCGGCCGGUGGUUGAGAAGGAGUAAUGGAAAUACUGAGGACUAUUACUAACCAGCCAAACAACGGGGGCAAGAUGUGUGAGCAGGCACUGGGCAGAGUGUGUGACAGCAACAGGAGGUGGAAGCUGCCGGCUGAGGGGGAGCAGCAUGUCCAUCAUCACACCUGCACUACAAGUUCCAGCACUGAAGUGUCCAGGAUUAUCACUGACCCCAGCACUGGCAAACGAUACUGCAGGGGCAAAGUGCUUGGCAAGGGAGGAUUCGCAAAGUGCUAUGAAAUGACAGAUUUGACAACCAACAAAAUCUACGCUGCCAAAAUUAUCCCACACAGCAGGGUGUCGAAGCCUCAUCAGAGAGAGAAGAUUGAUAAAGAGAUUGAAUUGCAUCGGACCCUGAACCACAGGCAUGUGGUGCAGUUCUAUCACUAUUUUGAGGAUAAGGAGAACAUCUAUAUAUUGAUGGAGUACUGCAGCAGAAGGUCUAUGGCACAUAUACUGAAGACAAGGAAAGUACUGACCGACCCUGAAGUGAGAUACUACCUCAAACAGAUCGUGUCUGGCCUGAAAUACCUGCAUGAGCAAGAAAUCCUCCACAGGGACUUAAAACUAGGGAAUUUUUUUAUCAAUGAAAGCAUGGACCUGAAAGUGGGCGACUUUGGCCUUGCAGCUAGACUAGAACCUAUGGAACAAAGAAGGAGAACAAUAUGCGGCACACCAAAUUACCUCUCACCCGAAGUGCUUAACAAACAAGGGCACGGCUGUGAAUCUGACAUCUGGGCAUUGGGUUGUGUAAUGUAUACCAUGCUGCUUGGAAGACCUCCCUUUGAAACCACAAAUCUGAAAGAGACCUACAGGUGCAUCCGAGAGGCAAGGUAUUCUCUGCCGUCAUCACUAAUGUCAUCUGCAAAGCAUCUCAUAGCGAGCAUGUUGUCCAGAAACCCAGAGGACAGGCCCAGCCUUGAGGAGAUCAUUCAGCACGACUUCUUCACCCAGGGCUUCACACCAGACAGGCUUCCUUCUAGUUGCUGUCACACCGCUCCUGACUUCCACCUGUCAAGUCCAGCUAAGAGCUUCUUCAAGAAAGCUGCUGCAGCGCUCUUUGGUGGGAAGAAAGAAAAAGCAAAAUACUUAGAUAAUCACAAUAAACUAGUUAAGGAAGAUGAAGAAAUUUACAAGCUGAGACAAGACUUAAAGAAAACCUCCAUAUCUCAACAGAAUCCCAGAACGGAUGAGGAAAACAAAACGGUCUCAAAGUCAAAUGUCAUUGACAAGAAUGACAAGCAGCAGAUGGGAGACACGAUACGAAUGAUUGUCCGUGGAACCCUGGGCAGCUGUAGCAGCAGCAGUGAAUGUCUAGAGGACAGCACCAUGGGCAGUGUGGCUGAUACCGUUGCCAGAGUCCUCAGGGGUUGCCUAGAAAACAUGCCCGAUUCAGAUUGUAUCCCAAAAGAACACUUGACCACCUCAUUUCAUUGGGUGACAAAAUGGGUCGACUACUCAAAUAAAUACGGCUUUGGUUACCAGUUGUCUGAUCACACGGUUGGCGUACUGUUUAACAAUGGGGCACACAUGAGUCUACUGCCUGACAAAAAGACUGUGCACUACUAUGCUGAACUCGGCCAAUGUUCCAUCUUUGCUUCUACCGAAGCUCCAGAGCAAUUCAUCAGCCAAGUUACUGUCCUGAAAUACUUUUCUCACUACAUGGAGGAGAAUCUCAUGGAUGGAGGUGACUUGCCCAGUGUAACAGAUGUGUGCAGACCUCGGUUAUAUCUGCUUCAGUGGCUCAAGUCUGACAAGGCCCUCAUGAUGCUGUUCAAUGAUGGCACAUUUCAGGUUAAUUUCUAUCAUGAUCACACUAAAAUCAUCAUAGCCAACCAAAGUGAUGAGUAUCUGCUGACCUACAUCAAUGAAGAUAGGAUGUCUACGACGUUCCGAUUGAGUACACUACUCAUGUCCGGUGGUUCAAAUGACCUGAGGAACAGGAUGGAAUAUGCACUGAACAUGUUGUUGCAGAGGUGUAACUGAAGGUUUCUGGGAACGUAGAGGAUUAUGAAGUCCCUCACUGUGAGAUCAGUCGUGUCAAGCAUUGGAACCUAGCACGUCGGAAAAGAGGAGGUGGUACGAAAACAAACCUCCUAAGUAGCACGCUGGGCUGGAACCAGACUGUAGUUCAAUUCAUCCUGCUUUGUUGGACCAGUUUUGACUUUGUGGAAAGUGAAUUCCUUUUGGAUCAUGAACUUUAUUGGGAGUCCAUUAAAGUGGGGUGACAAUGUGUUUUGCUCUAUGGAGAGCAUCUUGGUGGUCGCGGAUUUGAACUGAACUUUUCACGAUUCCGAAUCGAAUGUGUCGACGUUAGAAGAAAAGAAUGUGGCGUUGUGGAAUCGCUGUGAUAGAUGCAGCUUACUGCUGCUAAACUGUGAACUAUGGCCAUAUAUAAUAUAUAUAUUUUUGUUUCAAUACCCACAUUUGUGGCUGGACAAGUGCAUUCCUAGUUAUUAUAAUAAUUUAUUACAGCCCAAAAGUGAAGUAUUUAUGACUUUUUCCGGACAUUUAAUUAUUUUAAGUAUACAUUGUAUACGUUGUUGGCAAUAAAUACAUGAAACGAC